AUGGGAAGCAUCUUUGUCUUGGAGCAUGGUGUCAACGUCAUCCGGAAGAUCUCCACCAACAAUGCCUGCAUCCACGCCCUGGGUCUCGACGUUGCUGGCCGUUUCUGCGUCAGUGGUGCUGGGGAUGGUCGAAUCACCGUGUGGUCCUUGGGCCCCGGUUCUGAGCCUUGGGUCACGGAGCAUUCACAGCUGCCCAUCUUGGGUGUAGCACUGGCGCCCGACCAGUCCGAGGAGAAGUUGACCCUCUGUGCUGCUGGGGAAGAUGGCCGCCUUGUGCUUCACCAACGGGUGAUGUUUGGUGGGCAGACAGUGCUGCAUGCUGGAGAAGGUCCCAUCACAGAAGUGCUUUGGCGAACAUCGCUGAUUGCCUGGAUGAACGACCGGGGUGUCAAGGUCUACAACGUCAAGUCCGGACGGAAGGUGACCUAUGUGGCACGACCAUCACGUGCCAAGGGCUGUCUCACUUGGCUUUCUGAUGAUCAGCUGGCCAUGUCGUGGGGAUCCUUGGUGAAGAUUGCUGUUCUGGUCACCACUGGAGAUCUUCAAAUCGCAGAAGUGCGGCAUCAGUUCAACUGCGGCGAUGUCACGAUCCAGGGCCUCAUGCCCUUGGGCCGGCAGCUCGCAGCGUUGGAAUCCGAUGGCAGGAGAACAUCCCUGAGAUUUUAUAGCAACAGUGGCGACUUGUUCCAUGCCGUAGAGGUGCCAAUGUCUCGAGGAGCCUUCCACAGUCACUUGCACUUGGCGGCUGCAGCACCACAUCUUCCCAUGUACCUUACAGGGCCACGAGAGUUUCUGGUCUUCCAGGUCCGCGACUUGCUGGAGUAUGCUGUGCAGCUGCUGGAGGAGAAACGUUUCGAUGAAGCCAUUCGAUUGGCCAACAGCGUGGGCCACGGCAUCGAAGGACUCGGCCACAUCGUGUGCAUCAAGUCCUUGGGCCCUGAUGUUCAAGAGGGCAACUACGAACGCGCUUGCCAAAUCCUGCAGCGCUUCAGAUAUAUGGAACCGCCCACAUGGCAGGAGUCCUUGGUCUUGUUUGACCGUGCGGGAGGGCUGCCACAUAUUGCACUGCAGCUGCCUGUGCCACCGAAAGAAACCUUACCCAAGGAGGUCUACGAUGAAGCACUUCGUAGGCUGAUUCACUAUCCUUCGGCAUUGGUAGCUGUGUUGUCCUACUGGCCCCUGACGAUUUUCUCAGUGAAUUCCUUACAGGAGCUCCUACGAAAAGAGUUGCCAAGCGCAACCCCAGGUGAAAAUCCCAGCCAGGAGGAGCGCUGUCGCUACGAGGCUUUGGCGCUGAUCUCGGAACAGGACGACCCAGAGAUGGCCUUGGACCUGUUGUUGGCCUUGGGCAGCUCAGAGGCCUUCAAGUUGCUUCGGCGUCAAGCUGUGGGCGAAAAGUUCUUCAUGGCGAGGUUGAAGAGAUUCUUCCAGGUGGAUCAUCAGCAGAGCUGCGAAUUGGCCGUGGCCUUUCGCAGUGCGGUGCCGGUGGACGACGUUUGUGCCGCCCUGGAAGGUGAGACGAGAUGGAAACACGAGUAUUUGAAGCUGCUCUUUGCACAGGAUGAGAUUGCUGGACAAGGAUACCACAUGCAGAUGGUGGAACUCUUUGCUGAAUACGAUCCCAUGGGUUUAUUGCCGUUUCUUCGCGCCAGCGAACGGUAUCCUUUGGAAGAGGCACUGGCCGUGUGCCAGCGGAAAGGUUUGCGUGAGGAAGUUGCCUACUUGCUUGGCCGUGCUGGCCGAGUGUCAGAUGCUUUACGGAUUUUACUCGAAGAAGUGGGGGACGUUGGCAGGGCUGUGGAGUUUGCGUCCGAGACGCAGGAUCCGCAGCUCUGGGAGACUUUGGUGGGCUUCGUGUUGCAACAUUCGCAUCUUCUGGUGCCGCUUCUGGAUCACCUGGAUGCCUUGGAGUCCAAGCGCCUGCGGGCCAUUGGGAGCGAAUCGCAGCAGCCGCAGCCACCUCCCAUGGCCACGCCGGCGCACGUCCUGCGGCUCCUGCCCAGCGAGACGCCAUUGCCUCGCAUUGCCACUUCAGUGCAGCGCGUUCUGGACUCGUUGCGUCUUUCUGCAGAUCUUCAUGAGGCUUGCUCGAAGAUCUCGGCUUCCGAGAUGGUGAGCCAGAAGAAGGCAUGCAUUGCAAAAUGCAAUCGUGGUACUGCUACUUUGGCACUUCACUGUAGCCUUUGUGGCGGAGCUGUGUCGUCUUCUGGAAUUGUGAUUGUGGGGCGGGCAGUCCUGCACCAGCAAUGCCACUCACCGUGUUAG